UUUUCCCAUUAAACGUAGCCGAAGAAGAGUCGACGCUUUUAAGAGAUCAUGGAGCAGGAAACCCAACGCGGUCCAGCCAGUCCUGGUCUGAUCUCUGGAGCGUGGAUUCUUCUGCUCCUGUUCCCCAUUACCUGUAGGACAGGGACACCUCAAGUACUGCUGGGAGCUCCCUUUGUCUUCUGUGGACUCUCAUCUGUCAGCUGCAGACCGUGUGUCAGUAGGAUGCAGCUACAACCGUCCUGACCAACAGCAGCUCAACAAGUCCCAACAGUGAACAGCUGACUGGGCUGCAGCCUGGAUGUGUUACUGGCUCAGCGUGAGAUGACAACCCAGCCUCGGUGUGCAAUGUGUGGAUCCGCCUCGCCCCUGUGUCUGCUGCUCUGGAUCGUAGCAACGGCUGUCUCCAGGACGCGAGGUCAGGUUCUAACUCCUGCCAGUCUGAGCGCGGAGGUCGGCCACUCCCUGUUGCUUAGCUGCAACGUCACCACGGAAGCGGGCGACACCGUCCGGCAAGUGCGCUGGCUCAACCGGCACAGGAAGGUCCUCCUGGCGUACGAGCAGAGUGUUCCGAUCCGCGUCAGCCACCAAGAGCCCAACGUGCAGCUCACCGCCUCGCACAACGACGCCAGCUACGUCACCCUCCAGAGGGUGGGGCCCGAGGACGAGGGCUGCUACCGCUGCGUCUUUGAUGUUUACCCCCGGGGCCCGCUAGAAGGCACCACGUGCAUCAGCGUUACCGGUAAAGUGCGCCUGGAGGGCAACAAGACGGCGGUGAGCGGGAAGCCGGCCACCCUGUCCUGCUGGUACAGCCUCCCCGAGAGGGUGCACCAGGUGCUGUGGAGGAAGACGGCCGAGCAGGGCGACACCACCACCGUGGCCUCCUACGCCAAGCGUGGGCACCGGAUGGUGGAGGAGCAGUACAAGGAUCGGUUUAGCUUGAGCCGAACUCUGGGCGACACCCGACUUACCAUCGAGGCGGUCAGGACGGAGGACGAGGCCUGCUACACCUGUGAGUUCCACACGUACCCGGACGGAACCAGACGGGACACGGCCUGCCUCUCUGUUCAUGUUUUACCCAAACCAGAGGUGAGUUAUGUGACCUCGUCGUCGGGACUCACUGAGGCCAACUGCACGGCCCAGUCCCGCCCCGCAGCAGAGAUCACUUGGAACGUCAGCGGGGACAACCGAACGCUCGGACCGCCCGUUUCAUCCGCCUCCGACCAGGGCGACGGCACGACGGUAGUCACGAGCACGCUGCUCUUCCAGUCGGCGCUACUCAGUGACCUGUCCGUCAAGUGCAUCGUGCACCACCCGGGUUUGGACAAACCCCUGACGGUGUCCCUCAACACAAACGUGGGUCCUGCCAUGGUCAUCCUCCUCUCAGUGUGCGGUGUGGCAGCGGUCCUCCUCCUGUGUCUCUGUGUGUGUCUCUGCAAGUGCUUCAUCUGUACUGACGACUGAUUUGGAUGCCGCCUGCUUUGAUGCGGGUCCAGUGGAGCUCUGAGCCUGACCUAGCUGCUCAGCACCGUGCCCUCCAGCUCGGCGUGCGGAAGAAGGGAACAGAGCUUUUACAGAACUGAACCCACGCUGCUGGUUCUGCUCCCACGGGUCGGGAAGAUCCCGCUCGUGCACACACACAUUUCUCAUGUCCUUUACUUCAACGUAAACCGCACUAAAACCACAUUAUUCAAUGCUAGAUAUUUACACUUACACUAGAAUUGUUGCUUUGAUGAUUGAUGAGAUCCUUGUAAUAUGAAUGAGAGGGUUUUGGAUCAGCUCAUCUCAUGGCUUCAUGGGGGUCCGGUGGUGUUGCAGUGUAUGAGGUUGUAAUAAUGUGUGUAUGUAUAUAUUUUUUUUUAAGUUAUGGUUGAUGUGUCAAGCUUGAGUAUAGUUCUCUCAAUUGGUUUGAAAUGUUUUUUGACUUUGUUGCUUAGCUUAUCCAAAUAAUCAACUAAUGUAAUCUAAAUUGAAAUACAUUAAUACAUCAUUUAUCACCGGGAAAUUGAUUAGGUUCCAUUCGUCACCUGGAAACCAUGUAUUUGUGGUUGUCAAUGACACAAUCCAUUUUUGUCAACUAGAAAAGAAAGACGCAGGGGGAUGGAGGUUAAAAUGGGACUUCUAGUGCAGGGGUUCCCAAAACUUUCAGCCCAUGACCCCCAAAGUAACGGUGCAAGUGAGUUGCGACCCCCCCCCCACUUUGGAAAUCACUGCUCUAGUGAACCGGCCCUGGUGUGACUCAGACUGAACGGAUGGGUCUGAGUUGGAAAGAAUGAAAGGUGUGUUAUUUAUAGCUGCUGCGUUGUGCGGGGCGGAGAAGGGUGGUCGACCUGUGACCUUCAUGCGCUGGGUGGUUAACGCCGCCCAAACCAUUCCUGUGUGGAUCAACCCCGCAGCUGUGAAUCACUGCGUGUGUGUGAGAUGUGACGGUGUGUGUACGUGUGUGUGAAAAGCCAUUUAGCGCGUGUCCUCCAUAUACAGUAUGUGUGUGUUGCAUUGUUGUUCAAUAUUUCAGCCCACCAGUGUUAGAAUAUAACUUUUUUUUUUUAUUUGGGAAUAUAUGAAUAUAGGCCCAUGGGCUGAGCACAGUGUAGCUAAUUGUAGAAAAUGUCAUUUAUACCUCCAUUUAUCAGGAAAUAUACAUAUUUUUUUCUAUUAACAAAUAAACCCAGCUACUAAAUUGUCUGUAUAUAAGGUUUAAAUGUUAAUAAAUGCCUUUUAUUGAAGUUUUAAAAAGCGUAGCUAUGUUGACAACCUUUUGUUUUUGUUUUUAUUUCAGCUGAAUAAUGUCUUAUUUUUACCUUUUUAGUAUCCGUAUGAGUUGAUAAUUAGUUUCUUGUACAGGUGCCGCGAGGAAUCGGAAGUUAAAAGUGGAAAUAAAACCGGAGACUUUA